UGGUCGUCAACUUAGGGGCUAUUCAUAUGUUCUAUGAUAGCUUAUAUAUUGGUCCAUUUAUACCAAUAAUAGUCCUUUGUUGUACUUUCAAAUCUUGAUGAAUUCGUCGAAUCCCGACAAAGAAUGAGCGAUGGCACUCUACAUCCCUCUGGCCACGACAUAAACUGCUCUUUCAUGAACGUCGCAAUUAGUGCGUGCCACCAGCCAAAUUGGAUUAAGAUAUAUAGAGCGACAUAUAUCGCACCGUGAGCUCAAGGAACUCACAUUGUUCGAAGCCAAAAGCGUGCAACUGUUCAAAAUGGAUUCUGAAGCAUCCGCUACCAUGAUAGGCCUUGACGCUCAAAAUGAAAGAUACGUAAAAAAAAGCUAUGGAAUUGAUAAGCAUGAUUCUCGAGGAAAUGCAAAGAGAACUCGGGAGACAAUCUAUCAGAUGCCCAGUGAGUGUCACCACAGCCACACGCAACCUAUUUUCAAGGUUUCAAAUCGUGGAUUUGGCACCAUGUCUCCUUCUCCGCCACUAAUGACUUUCUGCAGACUGAGAAUGUCGACGUCCCUGAUGAGAAAGGAAAGGAUGAUGCUCGUGAAAGAUACAAACAGCUACAUAGCGAUUACAAGAUAAUGUCAGACCAGCUUGACGCAUUUGCCCGCGAGAAAGCUAAGGCGCCCUGGAGAAGAGGUCAAGGUCAAGGGGAAUUGGAAGUGGCCCGGGCACGAGCGAGAAUCCAAGAUCUAGAAGCAGAGGUCAAGGUCCUCCAAGCUCGGUGCGAUGACUAUCAAGCACAAGCUAGUCAGCUUGCUCAAGAUCUGCAAAUGUUGUAUAUUGAGAUCGAAGACGUUAGACAGAAAAAUAAGGCCUUACAAUCAGAGAUCGAUUCUAUAGAACAACGGUAUAGAAAAGCUAGUCAGCCUAUUCAAGAUCUGGAAAUGUUGAACAAAGAACUUAAUCAGAAAAACACGGUCUUACAAUCAGAAAUCGAUUCUAUAGAACAACGGUAUAGAAAAGCUAGUCAGCCUAUUCAAGAUCUGGAAAUGUUGAACGAAGAACUUAGCCAGAAAAACAAAGCCUUACGAUUGGAGAUCGAAGAUCUUAAAGAGAAUAAUGGUACCUUGCGAUGCGAGGUUAAUUCUCUAGAAGAAAAAUAUGCAAAUGCUAGACGGAUGGCUGCUCAGUUUCGCAUCAAAAUUGAAGAGUCUUUUGGAUUAGCGUCUCAUCGUAUAUUGAUCCCACACUACUAUGAGGAAAUAACCAGCAAGAUCUCUCAUCUCGUCUCAAAAUACUUAAAUACGGCCCCAAAAGAGAGACCAAAAGAACAAAAUCAACGACGCCAAAGAGACGUAUCCUUGAGUAAGAUUUGGGAUGAAAAUUUGAGUGAUCACGAAAAGGAGUCUAGAUGCAUGGCGGCCAUCUUCGAAUUCUUGAAUGACGAAAUACUUUUGAAGCCGGCAUUUGGUCUUGAAGAUGACGACGAAGAUGGGACCUUGGAAAGAGGGCUUGUUGAGUUUGAAACAAGAUUGCGAGCUUGUCCUGAAGGUAAUUACCAAAUGAAGUCAAGUGUAGCAUGGGAACCAUUACUGAUAUUAAAACGGCUUUAGACAGCAUUGAAUUUGCUCUCAAAAAUAAUUGGGUAAACCUCACUCUGGAGAGUGUAGAGAAGAUACGAAAGAAAGGUCCAGGGUCAAAACCGUAUUCUUUGGCGUCAGAUUUGGAAAAGUUCUUGAGACCUGUUUCGAAGCGCAUUGAUGGAAAUUUAAGCGGAGAAUUAUUGGAGCUGUGUAAAACAGCGUUCGAUCUCAACUGGUCGAUGAGAUCGGAAUAUCAAUUUGAAUUUCAAUUUUACUCUCUAGAACCAGGAACCGUACCGGAGGAGCUUCCAAAGGUUAAAACCCCGGGAACUGACGUGGAAGUUAACCCGCAGCCAAGAAUCUUGGAAUACCUGGCAGUUGAGAGAGGAUACCCGGAGCAUCUUACUAGAACUGUUGCUUACACGAUAUUUGGAGGAUUAUCAUGUAUUGUGACAAACAAGGAUGAAUAUAACCCUAUAAUGGUCCCAGCAAAAGUAUGUUUCAAAGUCGUAUAGAGUUCCCUGUGAACUACCUCUAAAAUAACCUUCAAAGUAUUGAAUAAUUUUUAGCAAAAUAAAAAAGGACCUUGACCU